AAACAGUCCAAUAUUGUCGUCGGAAUAUCGAACACGUACUGAUGUGCAGCCGUAGGUUCUGCUCACGGAAGAACUGUAAUGACUCGAAGCUGGUUAAAUUAGUGCGCGCUUAUACAGAUGUAAAUCUUGUUAACCAUGUUCCAUACAAAAUACGAUGGUUUUGAUGAUCCUUUUCCAGAUGGAAGGGUGUUUCCUGGCCCAUUGGUUAUAGGCUGUUUCUCUGUCGAUGGAACAGGAACGCUGACUUUUGACAACACCAAGAUGCGCUAUCUUAAACUGCCAAAUGCCCACGAACAAGUAAAUUAUGACUUGAAUGAGGGUUACAUCGACAUUACAAAAGAGCCAGACGAAAAAAAAGAUAAUAUUGACUACGUUUUGAGAUGGUUGAAUCAACAACGUGAAGGAAGGGUAGAGCAUGGAUACGAGUCGGCUAGUCCUGGUCAAUGUAUUUCCGUAAAUAAAUUGAAAGAUGUUUUCGUCUGUCGACGGAAAUUCUUAGAAACGCUGAUUAGCACACCCUUUGAGGAACAACAGGGCUGGAAACUGUCUGUUAUCGUCCAUAAUGACACCAUUUACAUGUGCCAGAUUGGAGGCGAAACGGUACCCGUUCCAAAUUCAAGCGUCGAACUGUGGCGAAAAUCUUGCUUUUGGGGAUGGAAACUGAGACAAUUCAUAACUGCUGAUGACCGGGGUGGUAAUCCAGUCCCAACCCGACCAUGCAACCCCCUCGAAGAGUUCGAUACGGUGAAUAAGCUUGAAAUUCAAAACCACACAUUAGUUUAUAGCUCUGAAAUUGCCGCAUUCGACGAUGAAAAGCAGAAAUACGUGAGCAUGAAAACAUGCAAAAAACCCACAGAUGUACGCCAAGACAAGAAUUUUACAAGAUUCAAGCUGCAGCAGUGGUGGGCAUAUUGCCAGUUGGGAGGUGUUUCAGGAGUACAUGUGGGAUACAGAGAUGACAAUGGCAUUGUUACUAGUCUGAAAUACAUGUCCAUUAAUGACCUCCUCCGAUAUAGAAGGAGAUGGAAGGACAAUAUAUGCUACCACUUUCUUGACGGGUUUCUUACAUGGAUGAAAGCUGUUAUCAAGAAGUCCAGACCCGGGACUAAGGUCCAUUUGUUUGAAUAUUUUCCCGGGGAUAAGAAAAAAAAUUAUGAGGAUUCGAUAAUUCGAUACAGUCCACAGCUUAACGAUGAAUUCAACUUCCUUCCAAGCUGGUUUACCGAGGAAUAAAUGUUUAUCUAAAUGAACUAAGUAUUCGGUGUGUGUCUACAUUAGUUUGUUCUAAAGACAAAUCAGUAGUGAAUACCAAAAAAAUAUAGCGUAGAUUAUUAAAACAUACAAUAAAAACAAACGUGUGCUGUUCCCUUUUAUAAAUUGAAUUGUAGGUUUUGUUUACGAGAAGGAUAUUUAUGUAAUCAUAAAACACUUGCCUCGUGAAUGGUUUGACAUUUAAUUUCUCUAUGAACCGAACCUUUCCUCCAGUUGACUUUAACAUGUAGAUUAAUUUUGUGAAAUAUCAAUAUAGGAAUUGAAAUGAUCUUUUAAUUGUCUCUGCUAAAUUUGGAAAAUAUGGUAUUUCAAUUUAUACUUAAUUUUUGUCUGUAUUUACUGGAAAAGGCUUGUUUUCUUAUUGUUUCACUAUGCCAUUUUCAUCUGUUAUUACAAUUCAUAUUUACUUUUUUUGUCUACACACACUGAGAUUUAUUUGUCUUUUUUUGUUUUGUUUGUGUUUUUGUUGUUGUUUUGGGUUAGUUUUUUUACUUUUCCUAUUUUCUUUCUUACACAAAAUCACAUGCCAAUGAGUUAUUCUUAAAGGGUGUAACUGAUUCAACGAGAUUACAAAUUGUGUACCUUAACGUUACCUGAUUCAACGAGAGAUCAAAUGUUUUCUUUACAGUUAUGUAAGCUCCAUCAGAGAUAUGUUUCUCGCCUGUUUAAGCAAAUGGUUCCUUAUGCCAUUUUCAUAUGUUAUUACAACUCAUAUUUACCUUUUUAUCUACACACAAUUGGUAAUGUAUUUUUUUUCUUUUUAUUUUUCCUAUUUUUUCUUUCUAACACAAAAAACACAUGCAAUUGUGUUAUUAUUUAAGUGUGCACUUAAUUUAAUGUGAUAACAAAUUAUGUACUUAAUACUCAUGUAAUCUCCAACAAAUAGUAUGCUCUUGCCUGUAACUUGUUUUGGCAAAAGUAGUAUUU